AUGGCUCGAACAAAAACCCAGAUGACUGCUGAGGCCGCUGCUCGGAUCCAAGCCAAUCAGAAGAAAGGUGGCAAGGACGACGGUUUUGCAGCCCGCGCCAAAGCUGCUGCCAUGCGGAACGCGAGGGCAGCCCAGACUCACAACGCCCAAGCGGACCAAUCCGGCCAGCAGCGUCAUUACAGUAGUGGCUAUGGCCAGCAGAGAUCCUCAUGA